AAAUAAUUUAGGCUUUUAUAUCAGAACAGUAACUUUGAAACAUUUAAACAAAAAUACUUGAUACUAUUUCGAAAUAAAUUUUAGUAAAAGAAGACAGAAUAGUUUACUGCGGAAAGUGAAAAACUAAGGAAGCAGAAAAAAAUGUUUAAAAAGUUUACGUUGCAGUAAACUGGAAAAUAAUCACAGCCAUGGAGAACUACACCAACCAAUCAUAUCAGGAAAGCUAUGAAGAAGCCAAUACAGAAGUCAAAUACGUGCAGGUCGUUAUACUGUCAGUUCUAUCCGUUCUUAUAAUUACUGGAAAUGUUUUAAUAUUAACAGCAUUGCGGAAAGUAAAGAAAUUUCAGAAAACCACAAAGCUGUUCAUCUUUUCUCUCAGCAUCGCAGAUUUAUUCGUUGGUGCCAUUUUGAUACCGCUUAGAUUAAACGAAGUGUUCCUAACCACGUGGUCGCAAACCGUUGAAUGGUGCAAGCUCUCCAUCUCGGUGAACAUUUGGAACUUAUCAGCGAGCAGUUUUAAUUUGCUAGCUCUCAGUAUUGAAAAAUUAAUCUUCCUAGCUAAACCAAUGGAAUACGACAAUAUUGUCACAUUUAAACGAUGCGCCAUCAUUCUUUUAGCAUUAUGGUGUUUUUUCACAAGCGUUUCAUUUAUACCCAUCUUCUCAGAAAUCGCUCUACAAGACGCCGCCAUUAGACAUGCUCACGAUCACUUGUGCAAAUAUGCCACAACACUGAAAGACGAGUACUUAAUCUAUAUGUGCGUGUGUGACGUCAUCCCGCUUGUUUUGUUUGGCGUGAUAUACUUUUGCAUUCUAAAGACCGCUCAACAGCAAAUACACAAAGCGCAAGCACGAUUUAGCAAAAGCGCUGUCAAUGAAGAAUUUAAACAUUUAAAGAAGACGGAGAAAAAAAACACGCGAUUGCUCGUUUCUUUAGUCGUCGUGUAUUACGUUUGUUGGAUUCCCGCCAUUGUAGCGGAAUAUUUGAGCAUACGUCACGCAUACCUGGUCACACAGACCUUCAUUUUUGUCAUUUCUGCGCUGGUUUAUUUGAAUUCGUUCUUAAACAGUAUCGUCUACUACUUCUUCAACGACGAGUUCAGAAAGUUCUUCAAAAGAUACGUACGCAACAUUAAAAUAGGAACCAGGAGACGAAUGAGCGGUGACUUUCUUAGUAGGCCCCCAACAUCAACACAUGGGUUUAAUAUGUCACGUAUUGCCAUGACAACAAUAAAAAAAGCUAGCUAGCAAGAAACAACACAACAAUAUUCAAAAUAGUUUCAUAAUAAUGUUGCUGACGUCAUCAGUUCAUUAUGUUGACAUCUUUAAUGAAAUCAGUUGCAUCACAAGACAGAUCUGAAAGUUGAUAUCAAUACAAAAUAAAGCACAAAACUCAUGAGUGAUAUUAACAUGCUUGAAACAGCUCGCUUCAAUUAACCCCCCUCCAACGUCAUGCCGUUUUUGUGUGUACACCACUUACUUUGCGCGCCAACGCGUUAAAAUCGAACUAAAGAACUUCUUUAUCUAUAAUACGCGCAAAUAGUUACUUGUAUAAAAUUGUAGAACAUACUUACACUAUCAAAAAAAAGAGAAAAAAUGGAUGAAAUCGCCCAUGCAAGUUUAAAAUAGAAGUUUUGUAAACUUCAAAGACUGUGUGCAUGAUUCAUUUCAUAUUCUUUUUUUUAAGUGACAGCUUAGCUCGGACUGACGCCUUGUGGCAAUCUGUUCAUACGACAAAUCGUCACUCUCGCCUAGGCCUUUUUUGAGAGGAGGGGGAAGAGGUAUAAAAAAUAGUGUUGCAGUCACUUAGGUGGGACGGUUAUGCUUAUAAGCAAGGGCAGCUAGCUGUUUCUUGCUCAUGUUGAUUAAAAUGUAUGGGAAAAAAUCAUUAAGAUGGUUGUAUGACACUAAUAGCUUUGAGCUCCCUAAACAGUCUGGCCACGAGUUACCAGAAAAUUACACUCAACUUUAAGUUACUUUACAGAACAAAAAAGAAAAACUGAAGAACACACGGUGUAAAUAGAUCCACAACUAGUCACAUUGAACAACUAGUAAGUACAAUAAAUGCUUACAU